AAGUCGGCUUGUAUCUUUGGCUGCCACCACAAUUGUCUAACGGGAAAUACACGCGAUUUAAUUUUCUCUAAAAAGCCAAAAAUAAUUUGCCAAGUGUUAAAAAAAUAUUAAAUAAUAUUGUAAAUUACGUGAUUAUAAAGCAAUAAAAUAAUUUUCGUUUUACAUUAGUGAGAACAAACUUAAUUGAAAUCAAGUAUAGAAAAAUACACGCUAGGAAAACAUUUUUCCUACGAAUAGCAAACGAAAAGGAAAAGCAGAAAAUUAAGAAGAAAAAACUUGUCUACGACGAGGGAAAAAAGACGCUGAUCUGUACUACAAUAUUUGUAUACAAUAAUAGGAAAAAAUACAGACGGCUAGUGAAAAAGAAUUGACAAUUUAAACAUGGAUAAUAUUGAACAUUUGUAUAAAUGUUAUGAAAUUUUAUCAGAUGCUGGUGACAAAAUAUCGGAACAUGUUUCUGAAUACAAGGAUAUAUUGAAAGCCGUCAAAGGUUCUUCUAAGGAAAAACGUUUAGCUUCACAAUUUAUUGGUAAAUUUUUCAAACAUUUUCCUGAUUUAUCAGAUACCGCUAUCGAUGCUCAAUUGGAUUUGUGUGAAGAUGAUGAUAUGCAGAUACGCCGCCAAGCUAUUAAAGACUUGCCCAAAUUGUGUCAAGAUACUGUAGGCAUUACUGCCAAAGUUGGUGACACUUUGGCUCAGCUUUUGGUGUUGGAUGAUCCAUUGGAAUUGCAGCAAGUUAAUAACUCUUUGCAGACAAUUAUUAAGAUGGAUUGCAAGGGUUCUUUGACUGGUAUUUUUACACAAAUUUCAAAUGGUGAUGAACCGACACGUGAACGUUGUUUUAAAUUUAUUGCCACCAAACUAUUUGCCAUGGGACCAACGAUCGUAACCAAGGAAAUAGAAGAAUUUAUUAUUGAUGAAAUUAAGAAAAUUUUACAGGACGUUACUGCUGAUGAAUUUCAUUUGUGCAUGAAUAUAUUGGGAAGCACUAAACUCGGUACAACCAUAACGGGACAUGCUGAAUUGGUUAAUUUGGCUAAAGAACAAGCUGAACUUAAUGCUGAUAUCGAUGCUAUAACCAUAGAAGAUGAAAUUGUUGAACGUUUCAUACAGUGUGCCACACACGCUAUGCCAUAUUUUUCGAAUACCAUCAAAUCAACUGAAUUUGUUGUUUAUGUUUGUGAUAAAUUAUUACCUUUGAGUACUUGGAAUAUGAUUGCUACAACAGCCGGCCAGGAUCAAGUACAAUUACGUUUAUUGAAAGUUUUCGCUGAAAUGUGUACAUUUUGUGAUGUUUUAGACAAUGCCACACAACGUAUUGAUAAUAUUUAUCAAGUUUUGAGAGAAUAUAUGCCUCUACCUCAGCUUAAAGAUGAUGAAGACAUUAGCAGUCCUCCACCUUCCUUCCAAUUCUCUCAUGCUGAGUGUUUAUUGUAUGCUGUACAUACUUUGGGUAAAAAACAUCCCGAUAGUUUGUCAUUCGUUAAUGAUGCCGACAAAUUAAAAGAUUUUCGCUCUAGAUUGCAAUAUUUGGCACGUGGUACUCAAGGUUAUAUUAAAAAAUUGGAAGAAGCUGUUAAAGGCAAAUCAGCCGAAGACUUAAAAUCGGAAGAAAAUCAAUUGAAAUUGACUGCUUUAAAGACAACUUCGAAUAUAAGCACCUUAAUAAGAGACUUAUUCCAUUCGCCACCCAGUUUCAAACAUGAUAUACAAUUAUCAUGGGUUAAACGUAAAAAUAAUAAAAUCGGAUCCAAACGUCAUGCCCCCAUAACAUUCGAUGGCAAAGCGGAAAACGGUAAAGAUGAAGAAAAGAAAACUAAAAAUGCAACAGAUCAAAAAAUCUAUUCGCCGCCCUCGGGUAAAUAUUCAGCCAAAGUACAAAACUACGGCAACAAUCAAAACAAUCGUCAACGUUCUCGCAACUCUGGAGGCGGUGGUGGUGGCUAUAGAAAUCGUCGCAACUUUAAAAAAUAUUAAACCUCAAGAAAGCACAAUACUGAUGCUUUUUUUUAAUAUUAGUUUAAUAAAAAACACAACAACAAUAACAUCGUAUGAUAUUUAAGCUGCUGAUAACAAAAAAAAAAAAAAAAAAAAAAAAACGACAAA